GCAGUCUGAGAUCCGAGUUCAUGAUGGCGAUGUUCCGCAAUUUUGUGUCGGCGACCCAGCACAGACAGCAUCCCCAGCAGCAGCAGCAGAGCGGAGCAGCGGCGGCCGCCCCCGGGGACAGUCUGGAGACCCAAUUCUCCUGCCCCAUCUGCCUGGAGGUCUACCACAGACCUGUCAGCAUCGCCAGCUGUGGACACACAUUCUGCGGGGAGUGUCUGCAGCCCUGCCUCCAGGUGCCCUCUCCAUUGUGCCCACUGUGCCGGAUGCCUUUUGACCCAAAGAAGGUGGACAAGUCCUCCAAUGUGGAGAAGCAGCUGUCUUCUUACAAGGCUCCCUGCCGGGGUUGCAGUAAAAAGGUUACUCUGGUGAAAAUGAGGUCUCACGUUUCCUCAUGCACCAAGGUUCAAGAACAGAUGGCAAACUGCCCCAGAUUUGUACCUGUUGUACCCACCUCACAACCCAUUCCUAGAGCAUGGAGUGGUAAAAGCUGGAGUCAAUGGCAAAUCCCCACAAGACAGGAUUACAGACGUGACUAUCUAAGCAAUAUUCCAAACCGCUCCACUUUCGUGUGUCCAUUCUGUGGGGCCAGAAACUUAGACCAACAGGAGCUGGUGAAACACUGCAUGGAGAACCACCGCAAUGACCCCAACAAAGUGGUGUGUCCUGUCUGUUCAGCCAUGCCUUGGGGAGAUCCCAGCUACAAAAGCGCCAAUUUCCUGCAGCACCUCCUGCAUCGGCACAAGUUCUCCUAUGACACAUUCGUGGAUUACAGUAUUGACGAGGAGGCCGCCCUGCGGGCAGCCCUAGCGCUCUCACUCUCCGAGAACUGAAGGCACCAGCCGCCUCUCCAAGACCAUCAUCCUUUGCACCGGGCACCUCCCUCUGCUAUCUCCUGCCGCAAGGCGCGUCACUGCAUUCCACACUGUGCAUCCGGCCUCCCCAGCCCCCCGAGCUUAACGAUUCCAGUCAGUUCUUUUUCCUCUUUGUCGUUUCCAAGAUGAGGAGGGUCUAAUAGUGAAUUCCACAGGCUGGGUAGUACAUGAACCCUGAGAUGCAGUGUAGCGUGUGCACAUGUGACAGCAGCUGAAAUAAGCCAGAGUGACCCAGUACAGUUCUAGAGGUGCACAUGUGCCGAACAGGUUUCCUUCUGCUGUAUUUUAAUUUAUUUUCUCAGACCAUUUUUUCUUAUUGUUUUCAAGUGGACCAAACUGCGGUUUCUGAGAAAAGUGAGAUAGUGCAGUAUGCUACAGGUGGGGUGAUCAAACUCUAACCCCUAUCACUUUCUUCUGCUGUUAGGGCACAGUUAUGAGUGCAGUGAGGGAGGCAACAUGCUAGAAAGUCAUAAAAAAACAAAUAUCAAUAGACAUAAAUUCGAGCUUUCCCCUUUUUAUAAGGGUUCUUGUGAAUACUUGCACUUAACUGCAUUUUCUAUAUGAUUAAAGAGUAGAACUGUUCUUAUUUUAUAGUUAACAAAUAUAAUAGCAAUGCAUUUAUUCUUCAUACUGCUGUUAACUGUUUGACUUGCUACAAUAGUAUUUUUUACAAAGCAUCAGAUAAAAUAUAUUUUUAAAAACAUUUUCAGUUUCAAAUGGUGCACUAACAACAGGAACGUAAAACAACUGGGGUGAUUAUUGUUGUUUAUCCAUUUUAUGUAACUGUGAGUACUGUACUGCUCAGUCAAACAGGGUUUGUACAUGACUGGCUCUGCUAAGGGAAGCUUUAAUAACCUAAACAGAAAUGAACUCUAUGUGUAAUUACCUGGCUUGGACACAAGGUGGCAGCCGUGUUAUACUGCUGUAUUUCUGUAUUUUACAAAUACCUGUAGUAACGAGCAACAGGGUCUUUUCUAACUAUCUUUAAAUACAUUUAAGUGUGCUAAACUUAGAAAUAUGGAUAUUUGCAGUAUUGUAAGAAAGUUCUGGGAUUUCUUCUUUAGAAUGUUUUUGGGUUUCCUGUUUUUACAGCAGCUUCUGUUAACUUAUGUAAGUAUUAAAUAAGUAUCAUUAGUUUCUCUUCUGGGCUUCAUAACAAGUAAUGUGAACCACUUAGUUUAUGAGCAGUAGCCCAAGUCUCAGCCUAAGCGGUUAUGGUGAGCAGGCCUGAUUAAGGAAGGACAUCAGUCUAAGGUAGGGUCACAUACAGUAACUGAACAGCAUUUGUCUUUACUGAGCAGCUACUUGGUAGUUCCAGUUGGGUUGCCCAGGUUUAUCUCGGUCUUCCUGGUUCAGUAGCUCAGCACCAUGAGCCAUUUGGGUUAUCUGGGUCUGAAGAAGGUGUGUCAAAUAGGUAGAACAGACAUUCCUCUUCCUCACUGCUCACACUCUGUGUCUACAUCCCCUGUAGACUGUCAGAAAUGAGUCAGUGUUUCAGAGUGGAGGAUAUGACCCAGAUUACACGAAUCUACUCAAAAGUCAUUCUUAAAUGUCAUUAGCAGUAAGGGUCCUGUGGAAGCCUCUACCAAAAGUACAACCAUAUUGCAGAUGUCAGGCAAAUCAGCAAUAAGAUGUUGAGUUUUUUUUUAUAGCUGUUUUACCUUCUAAAGGACAAGAAAACCAGCAUUGCUUGUGUCUGUCACAAUCAUGGGUCUAUAAAGUUCCUUUACCAUAAUUCUUAUUUGUAAAAGCACAGUUAAGUCCAUAAAUAAAACAAAAUGAUGUAAAUAAAAUCAGAUCCAGCCCUACUAAUUGCAUUUUAAAGUAAAUGUUCUCCUUGUUGUAGACUUAUUUCUGUAUUAAAGUACUAAAAUGCAAACAUUCAGUACCAAAACGGAGAUAUAUUCUCUGCUGCCCUUAAUGAGAUUUUAAAUCCCUUGCAAAACAUGCAGUGCAAGCAUUUGUCACUUGUUUUUAACUUUUGUUUUCUUUUAUACCCACCUUGUUCAAAUAGUUGUUUCUUUACCCUUCAGUUCACAGUAGGGACACCUGUACCGUGUGCCAUGAAUGGGUUAGGAACGUUCCUUUUGACCCACUCGUCUGUUCGAUGAGUUUGCUAGAAGCUCCACAGAGCCUGACAGGUAAGUUAGUGCCAAUUGGACGUGUAGCGUUUGACAUCCAGUGGCAUCACUACAAGCCUGUUGAAUCUUCAAAUUUUGUUAUUUCACUGAGAUAGCCUUGGCCAGCCAAUCCCAAACCUGCCUUUGUGGCACUCAGCCAAUCACAUGGCACCGCUCAGUCAGCAGCUGUGGCUUUGAUGUUUUCAGAGUGUAUCUACUGGACACAAGAAAGUUUAAUAGAAUAAUCUGGUUUACUCAUCAUCUUACAAAAUGUUAAAACAGUUAUUCACAGCUGAAAAUGGGUAUCAGUGGAGGUUUGUGAAGGUAUAUUUGUUGAUUAGAAGAAAUUAUUGGCCUUUAGUGGUAUGAAUGAUUGACAGUUCUUUUAAAAACAGUCUGGCUUCCAAGUCAUUCCAUUGUAGCUUUCAGUUACUGCCAAAAUGCCCUUUUUAUCUUCACUUAAUAUAGGAAGUUAAAUAAGCCUUUGAUAUAAUCAUUUACAAAAGGAAAGUAACUGAACUGCCACUGUCAACUGUUUUCUCCACUAAAUAUUAACCUUAUUAGCCUGAUUACAUUAACACAAUGUAAUAAUAUAAUGUUAUUACAUUAAGUUAACCUUAUUCAAGCUCUUUUAAUUAUGGAAUUAAAAGUUCCUUCUUAUGUAGUUUUCUUUUACUUAUGUUUAAGUCUUCCUCUUGUUUAUUACACUAGUUAUACAAGUGUUGACCAUAGGUGUGAGAUGAUCAGAAUUGCAUCAGCAAAUUCUUGCUCAGUUAAACAAAUGCUUGCCUGUGAACCUGUAAUUAAGUUAAAUGCAUGCAAGCAAGGACCCCAGCUAUUGCGAUUAUGGAUUGCCUGGUCCUGUAUCUUUUUAAACUGAUUUCUGGAAAGAGACACCGUCUUGAUCUACACAUGCUGCAAUACACAUUUGAAUCAUGAAGUGCAUUUUAUAAUUAGGAUGCGUGUGAGGGUCUUGACUGUUAAGAGAGUCAUCAGUUUCAGAAUCUGUGUAGGUGAAGUUAAAAAAAACAUUUAAAUAAACUCAAAUUAUCCUGCACAGUUUCAAUAUUUAAAUUUAGCAAGGCCUGCAUGUUGCAGGUCAGCUCCUUAAUGAAAUACAUCAUGUAUUUAAGCGCAAAUGCUCAGAUACUUUCCAAAUCAGGAGUAGGUUGCAAAAAAGAGAAACAAAAUUAUGAUUUGCAAUACAUGUUUUGCCUGAUGGUGUUUCCCUAUAAGGAUAUAGCUCAGCUACCUUUUUUGGCGUAACCAAUUAAUGUUUAAUUCGAAUAAAUAAUUUCAUCCAGUACAUGACUUUCAUUUCUGCAACAGAAAACACAGCAAAACGUCUAAAUGAAAAAUGGUUGAAAUACGUAAAUUAGUUUAUCGUCAUUAUGUGUGACUUGCUGAUAAUCUCGAAUAAAUUCUCGUUUUUUGCCUUCUGCACUGAGUGUCAUUCAGUAGGUCAUACUAGUUGUAGUUUGAUUUCACAUAACUUGUAAAGUGUUAAGUUAAAAUGGUACUACUUCUUCAGAUGAAGACUGCAAAGCCAAAAUGUUUAUUAUUUUCAGAUAAAUGACUGAGUUCAAGUACAGUUGAUCUAAAGAAGUUACUUUCCUAUAGAGGAAAGCAUAAAAAUUGCACUUUAGUCAAAAUAUUUGAAAAUGCAAUUUUUUUGAGGGAUGGGUGGGGAUUUUUAUUAAAGUUUUUGUUUAUUUGAAAGUUUAAAAUGCUUCAAUAAAUGUAUAUCAUGUGACUGACCUGUUCCGUUACUUCUGAGAAGAAAAAAGUUACUGCUGGCUUUUUAUUACUGUAUAUAGACAUAUAAGUGAAAUACAGAUUUCGCAAAAUAAAAACAAGUGGGUGAA